CUUCCAAACCCGCUGUUCAUUUCGCUGAGUUCACGGAGAAUUAUUUGGCGGAUAGUUUUGCGGUUCUGCGAUCAUUUCAAAACACCACUUAACCUCCAGUUUCUGCAAUCCUCGUUCUUCCAAAGGAGUUAUCUAAUUUUCUCAAUAAUAUGGAUCCACCAAUGCUGAGAAGACAAGCCAACUUACCAAAAAUAUUAUGGCAUCAAGAUCAUGUAAAAGUGGUGCUGCGAAUUCUGUUGGCUGGUGUUAAAAACUACUUUGUUAAAGUAGAUAUUGAUCACAUUCAAUUCAGUACGUAUCACGAUGGGAGAGAGUAUUACGUGAUAUUGUAUUUUUUUGGAGCAAUCGUACCUGAAAAGACGAUCAAUGAAAAUCUAGGAAGGGAAAUAAGAGUUCAGGUUAUUAAAGCCCACAAACAUUAUAAUUGGUUAAGACUUGAAAGAGGCAAAGAAAAAAUCUUUCAAAUAAUUUCUGAUCCGGAGAAAAUUGAAGCAGAAUCAUUUUGUACAGUGUGGAAUGAUUGCAAAAAUACAAAAGAACUCAAUAUAUAUCCUGAUGUGCCGUCAUCGAAUGACGAUGAUUCUGAUGAUGAAAGAUAUCACCUGAUCGAGGAUUACUAGUCCAUAUCCAGAAAGCACAACAUUGAUACCUUGUUGGGCAUCCUUUGAGAGUUUGUAUUUUUCUAAUAAGAAUACCUUUUUUCGUUUUCUCAAAUCGAAAUAAAAAUUAUAAGAAAAACAACAAAGAGAAAACCCCAUCGGAAGGGAAUUAUCAAUUUAUGAGUAGCAGUAGUUUUACCGAAUGAGAAUCUAUCUAUCUAUUGUUCUAAUGUGAUUAGAUUUUUCAAUAAAAAAGUAUCGAUGCA